AUGGAUGUCAAUCAUUUUGGUAGCAUUGUGACAGUGCUUUCAUUGCUGAUCAUUAUUUCCAAUGCUGUCGUGGUGGUGGUGCUGGUCCUAAUGAUUCUGAAGAACAGAUCUGCUAGCUUGUGUUUCGUCUUGAACCUGGCAGUCGCAGACAUGCUGUUAGGAUUUACCUGCUUUGGAACAGCUGUUAUAGUACUCAGCAGACAGAAUUUCACCGCCAGCAGAGAGUUGUGCAUAUUACGGACUUCACUUAUAAUCUCACCCUCUGCUGCCUCUAUAUUAACAAUGGUGUCAGUUGCAUUUGACCGUUUCCUAGCUAUAAAACUACCUUUACAAUACUGCCGACUGAUGCUGGAUAAAAUGGUGGUGUUAAUCAUUGUGUGCCUCUGGACUGUAGCACUUUUAAUUGGGUUCCUGCCAGUGAUCAUUCAGCAGCUACAGCGUGCUGAGUAUAAUGGGGCCUGCACCCUGUUCUCAAUCAUCAAUCCUAAGUAUAUUAUAAUUGUAUUUUGCUCUUGUUUUCUUCCUGCUUCAUUAAUCUUUGUCUACUUCUACAGCGUUAUCCUCAAAAUAGCAUAUUCCCAUACACGUCAAAUCCUUGAAAGUGAGCGAAUGAGCACAGUCUUCAGCUCUGCUCCACCACCUCGCUGUCACAUCCGAGAUGUCAAAGCGAUCAGGACCAUUGGGAUACUUGUCGGAUGUUUUAUGGUUGCAUGGACGCCCUUCUUCAUUGCAACUACUGUGCAAGUAUGUUGCACCAAGUGCCAAUUAUACACAACCAUUGAAGACUACCUCUGGCUCCUUAGUCUGUGUAACUCUCUGAUGAAUCCGCUGAUUUAUUCCUAUUGGCAAAAAGAUGUGAGAAUGCAGGCUCUUCAGCUCUUCUGUGCUGCAAAAGCCAGGAUUUCCCCAACAUGCACCUUCACCCGCUGUCAAUGGGAAGCAAGUGAGAUCCAAAGUCCUGGUGCAGAAAGAGGGACUGAAGGUGAAUUACCAGUGUCCUGUCCAGCAAUCGGUGCUGUCAGUUAUUACAUAACAAAUACACUAAAUGUUGGUGUGCAAAUUGUGUCACCAAUAACUAUUGGGUAUAUUACACAAGAAAAAAUUACAACGGGCUGGAUAAUGGUGAUUUUUAUGUUGCUGACAGAGGGAGAGAAGAUGCAAUUGGAACAGAUGGUGAGGGUGCCCCAAGCAAAAGACAAAGACAGUGCUAAUCAUGGUAAAGGAGAAAUAGAGGUGUAA